AUGCCAAACAGUCUGGAAUACGGUCCACGAGACUUGCUCGGGUACGGUGAGAAAACGCCAGAUCCCAAGUGGCCUGGUGAUGCCAAGAUCGCCAUAUCAUUUGUUUUGAACUACGAAGAGGGAAGUGAAGUUUGUCCCGAAAACGGUGAUAAUGUCACCGAGGUGUUAGCCACUGAGCUUGGACCAGGUGUCCAGCCUUGCACUGGAGGAGUGAGAGAUGUCAAUGUCGAGUCGCUGUAUGAAUACGGAAGCAGGGCAGGUGUGUGGAGAAUCCUCAGACUAUUUAAGCAGUACGAUUGCAAAGUGACAGCCUUUGCUGUUGGACAAGCAUUGCUGAAAAACCCAGAGGUUGGCAAAGCUCUCGUGAGAGACGGUCACGAAAUUGCUUCCCACGGCUGGAGAUGGGUUGAUCGCUCUGAAUGGACGAUUGAAGAAGAAAAGGAAAACGUGAAGAGGUGUGUUGAGGCGAUCCAGAAGACUUCGGGAAAUCCACCUAGAGGGUGGUACUACGGCAUGAUCCAUAGCAAGGCCGCUGAGCGGUCGAGGUCUGUGCUUGCAACGACUUUCAAGGAGCUUGGUCUGCCGUUGCUUUGGUACGGUGAUUCCUACAGCGACGACCUUCCGUACUGGGUCCCAUAUCCAGGCGGAGAGGCCGACGAAGGCUUGUUGAUCAUUCCAUACACCAUGGACACCAACGAUUACAAGAACGCAGGAUACCAGGCUUAUAUCACAGGAGGUCAGUUUUUUGAGUACUUGAAAGACUCAUUUGACGAGCUGUACGCUGAAGGUGAGAAUGGGUCGCCAAAGAUGCUGAGCAUUGGACUCCAUUCGCGUUUGGUUGGAAGACCAGGAAGAAUAGCUGGACUGAGAAAGUUUGUUGAAUAUAUUAAGAAGAAGGAUGGGGUUUGGGUGGCCACCCGCGAGGAGAUUGCAAACCACUGGAGAGAGCAGUUCCCAUACAAGGCUAGUUUAUGA